AUGAAUCAGAUACGCGCUAUCCAAGCGCUAAACAAACGCGAGAUUGAGAAUGGCGUGUCGCCAGAAGCCUCCUGGCACACCGACUAUCGCGACACCGCCUUUAUCAACUUUGGUGGCCUGCCGUACGAACUGUCGGAAGGUGACAUUAUCACGAUAUUCUCGCAGUACGGAGAGCCCGUCUUCCUAAAGCUCGCCCGGGACAAGGAAACGGGCAAGAGCAAAGGAUUCGGCUGGCUCAAGUACGAGGAUCAGCGCAGUACGGACCUGGCCGUGGACAACCUAGGAGGCGCCGAGAUCAACGGUCGUCUAGUCAGGGUUGACCACGCCCGAUACAAGCCCCGCGACGAUGAGGACCCUGAGGAGUUCAAAGUUGGUUGGGAAGAUAUCAUGCGCCGCGAGAAGGCCGCUAAGGGUGAGGAUGUAGAUAUGGAAGAGGCUAGCGAGGAAGAGGAAGAGGUGAGACGCCCGAUGAUCAAAGAGGAGAUAGAGCUAGCGAAGCUCAUCGAAGAGCACGACGAGGAUGACCCGAUGAAGGGCUUCUUGAUCGAGGAGAAGAAGAAAGAAGUCGAAUUGGCAUUAAGAAAGGAGAGCGGGCGGAAGAAGGGAAAGGAUAGAAAAGAUAAGCAUCGGCAUCACCACCAUUCCCAUAGAUCUAAGAGAGACGAUAGGGGCAACGAGGAGCGCGAUCGCCACAGGAGAUCUAGGCGGGAUGAAACACCGGUUGGAAAAGGCAGUCGAGAACGGGAUGAAACGCCUCCAAGACGAAGGAAUGAUUCUAGAGAUCGCGAGCGGAAAAGACGGGACGACGACCGCGACCGCGAUCGACGUCGCGACAGGGAACGAAGAGACCGAGACGAUAAGGAUAGGGGUGAGAAGCAUUCUCGCCACUACGACGACAAGGAUAAGGAUCAUGGACGUAAAAGUAGACGAAGUAGAAGCAGAUCUCCACGCUCGUAUAGGGAUUGA